AUGAUGGCCAACAGUUUCUGUGACCAGCUAUGCCAACUGAACCACGCCUUUCGGAAAAACUGUCGUGUAGCAGUCAAAUCCCAGAACUUCUAUUGGCUGGUGCUUCUUCUGGUUUUUCUCAACACUGCAGCCAGCGCCUCUGAACACUACGGCCAGCCCAAGUGGCUCACCGAGAUGCAGGAGCGGGCCAAUAAGAUCCUGUUGAUGUUGUUCACGCUGGAGAUGCUGUUGAAGAUGUACAGUUUUGGUUUCCAGAUCCACUUCUUGGCUCUGUUUAACCGCUUCGACUGCUUUGUGGUGUGUGGUGGCAUCCUGGAGACGGUCCUGGUUGAGUUGCAGAUCAUCCCUCCCAUCGGCAUCUCUGUGCUGCGCUGCGUCCGCCUGCUCAGGGUGUUCAAAGUGACACGGCACUGGGCAGCCCUGUCAAACCUGGUCAAUUCGCUGCUCAACUCCAUGAAGGCUAUCUGCUCUCUACUGCUUCUGCUCUUCCUCUUCCUAAUCAUCUUCUCCCUGCUGGGUAUGCAGCUGUUUGGGGGUAAAUUCAACUUUGAUGAGACUCAGAUGAAGAGGAGCACAUUUGACACUUUCCCCCAGGCCCUGCUCACCUGCUUCCAGAUCCUUACAGGAGAGGACUGGAAUGCAGUGAUGUAUGAUGGGAUCAUGGCUUAUGGCGGGCCAGUCUUCCCACAGAUGAUCGUGUGCAUCUACUUUGUCUCCCUCUUUGUUGUCGGUAACUAUAUCCUGCUCAAUGUCUUCUUGGCUAUCGCUGUGGACAACUUGGCAGGAGAUGGUGGAAAAAAGAAAGUAGAGUAAGUAUCACAAAAGGCAGACAAAGAAAAGAAAAAGGAGGAGGAAGAGGACUGGGACGAUGACGAAGACAAAGAGGAAGAUGCAGCGGCGUCUGGCCCGCCACGAGUCCCUGAAUCCGCUCCAAAAGAGAAGAUUGAACCCAUUCCAGAUGGUAGCUCCUUCUUCAUUCUUGGAAAGAGAAACUGCCUCCGAGUGGCCUGUCACAACCUCAUCCACCACUCCUACUUCACCAACCUCAUCCUUGUCUUCAUCAUCGCCAGUAGCAUUUCUCUGGCUGCUGAGGAUCCAAUCAGAGCUCACUCCUUUAGGAACAACAUGCUUGGCUAUGCUGACUAUGCAUUCACCUCCAUAUUCACYGUGGAAAUUAUAUUGAAGGUGACAGUUUUCGGUGCGUUCCUUCAUCCCGGAUCGUUCUGUAGGAAUGCCUUUAACCUUCUGGACCUACUGGUUGUCAGUGUGUCGCUCGCGUCCUUCUUCCUCCAUUCCAGCGCUAUCUCUGUGGUCAAGAUUUUCAGGGUACUCAAAGUGCUCAGGCCUCUUCGAGCAAUCAACAGAGCCAAAGGACUCAAGAAUGUAGUACAGUGCGUGUUUGUGGCAAUCAAAACAAUCGGAAACAUCUUGAUCGUCACAACGCUCCUCCAGUUCAUGUUUGCUUGUAUUGGAGUGCAGCUCUUCAAGGGAAGAUUCUACAGUUGCACUGAUGAAGCUAAACACACUCCAUAUGAGUGCAUGGGAACAUUUGUGGUGUAUAAGGACGGUGAUAUGAAUCAUCCUAUGGUGAGAGAGAGGAAAUGGCAAAACAGUGAAUUCAACUUUGACAAUGUGCUGCAGGGCAUGCUGGCCCUGUUCACUGUGUCUACAUUUGAAGGCUGGCCGCAGCUGCUGUACAAGGCCAUCGACGCCAAUGCUGCGAACCACGGCCCUAUUUACAACUACCGUGUGGAAAUCUCCAUAUUCUUCAUCAUCUACAUCAUCAUCAUCGCCUUCUUCAUGAUGAACAUCUUCGUGGGCUUCGUCAUCAUCACGUUCCGUGAACAGGGAGAAUCUGAGUUCAAAAACUGUGAACUGAACAAAAAUCAAAGACAAUGUGUACAGUACGCUCUGAAAGCCAAGCCCAUCAAGAUCUACAUUCCCAGAAACCCAUCCCAGCUAAAGUUCUGGAAAAUCAUCGCCUCCAGCCAGUUUGAGUACAUCAUGUUUGUCUUAAUUCUUCUCAACACCCUCACCUUGGCUGUGCAGCAUUAUGAGCAGUCUAAAACAUUCAACUCUGUGAUGGACAUCCUCAACUUGAUCUUCACAGCCCUAUUUACCAUAGAGAUGGUCAUCAAGCUACUGGCUCUCAGAACACAUCAAUAUUUCAUUGAUGCUUGGAACACCUUUGAUGCUCUGAUAGUUGUGGGCAGUGUGCUAGACAUCAUGGUCUCAGAGCUUAGUGUGACUGUAGCCGUACCUGGAGCUCCACCCGGGGCCAAGAAGGAAAGCGGAAAAGUAUCCAUCACAUUCUUCCGUUUGUUCCGAGUCUUGCGAUUGGUCAAGCUGCUCAGCAAAGGGGAGGGCAUUCGAACCCUCCUCUGGACUUUUGUCAAGUCCCUCCAGGCCUUGCCAUAUGUCGGUCUCCUUAUUGCUAUGAUCUUCUUCAUCUACGCUGUGAUCGGCAUGCAGACAUUUGGAAAGAUUGCUAUAGAUGACAACUCACAUAUCAACAGGAACAACAACUUUCAGACCUUCUUCAUGUCUGUCCUACUGCUCUUCAGGUGUGCAACCGGAGAGCAGUGGCAGGAGAUCAUGUUGGCAGCAUUGCCAGGGAGACGCUGUGACCCUGAGUCAGACUUUGAGCCCGGGGAGGAGAGCAUGUGCGGCAGCAACCUGGCCUACAUCUACUUCAUCAGCUUCUUCAUGCUCUGCGCUUUCCUGAUCAUUAACUUGUUCAUUGCUGUCAUCAUGGACAACUUUGAGUACCUGACCAGGGAUUGGACCGUACUGGGUACUCAUCACCUGGACGAGUUCAAACGAGUCUGGUCGGAUUAUGACCCAGAGGCCACGGGUCGAAUCAAACAUAUAGAUGUGGUCACUAUGCUGCGCAGGAUCCAGCCACCCCUUGGUUUUGGCAAACUGUGCCCCCAUCGUGUGGCCUGCAAGAGGCUGGUUGCUAUGAACGUGCCGCUGCAYAGUGAUGGGACAGUUACCUUCAACGCUACCCUGUUUGCGCUGGUCAGAACCUCACUCAAGAUCAAGACUGACGGUCCCGUUGACCAGGACAACGAGGAGCUCAGGGCCAUCAUUAAGAAGAUAUGGAAGCGCACUAAACCCAAGCUCCUUGAAGAGGUCAUUCCACCCCCUAGAGGGGAAGAGGUCACUUGUGGGAAGUUCUAUGCCAGCUUCUUGAUCCAGGACUACUUUAAGAAGUUCCGCAAGAGGAAGGAGCGGGAGAGGAAGAAGAAGGGAAAGGACAAGAAAGACUCUCUCCAGGCGGGGCUACGGUCACUGCAGGCACUGGCCCCAGAGUUGCAUCUGGCCUUGGCAAUGGAGGGAGAGGAGGAGGAGGGUAUGGAGGGAGAGUUGGACGAAGAGUUUUUCAAAAAUGAAAAUGUUUUUGAAGAUCCAGGCACCUCUGCCACCAAUACUUCAUCCACCACUCCCAUACCAGCUGACAUGGAGGAGCCCACCACCACCGUUUUCAUGGAGCCCUUCGUCGAGCCCACUAUAUUCAGCGACGUGGUCACAGAACAGCCAUUAACAGCCAGUGAGAGAUCAGAAUCAGCUCUGUCAUCCUUUGAUGUGGUGAUUGAACAGCCAAUGAGAUCUGAGGCCCUCCUUCCACCAGAAGAAGCGCCAGCCCCAUCCCCGCCCCUCCCAGCCCCAGCCACAUCACCACCAAAAGAUCCAUCCCCUCCCCAACCAGCACCGAACCCAUCCCCACCACAGGCCCCAUCCCCUCCCCAACCAGCACCAGCCCCACCCCCACCACAGGUUGCUUCUCCGCCACAAAUGGUUGCCCAAUCCCAACCUCAAAUAGUGGUAGCCCCACCAGAACCAGAGGCAGCUCAAAUAGUGUUAGAGGCAGCCGUUGCCCCACCUCAAACAGAUCCAGUGAUGGAGGGAAGAGGAGGUGAAACUUACGCUGCACAGCAGGUGUACUACCAACAGUACCCAGUGGGCAUGCUAACAAACGACAGGUAUGCGUAUCAAGAGCAACCUGCAGCAUCCCAUAUCCCACCAGAGUACAUGCAGAGUCAUGCUCCUAACUUCACCAAUGGGAGUGUUGCAGGAGUACCCUACGGAAAUGGAAAUGGCAUGAAUGGGAAUGGCUACAAUGGCGUUAUGAAUGGUAUGAAUGGAGKUAGCAUGAGUGGCUACACUGGCAAUGGUUACAUAGGAAAUGGCUACAAUGGCAACGGAUUGGAGCCGUAUGUCCGGAGACGUGUUCUUCCUCCCACUCCUGCAGGUCGUAAGCCGCCCUCCUUUAACAUCCAGUGUCUGCGGGCACAGCAUAGCGCGGGUGACAUCCCCAUCCCUGGCACAUAUGAGAGUAACUCGCCCCCAUGCAGAUCUAGACUGACCCUUGACUCCCGCCGCAGCAGUGUCUCCUCCAUGUCCUCGGCCUCCUGGGCCAACAAUGGAGGAGGACCUGCAGGGUCAAUGCCAGGUGCAGGGGUGUCAGCAACAUCAGCAGCAGCCGCAAAGAGAGGGCGUCUGCUCUACGCCCCUCUGAUGCUGGUGGAUGAGGCCGGGGGCACCCAGCAGCUGUGGGGAGACAGGACCCAGGCCACCUCCAGCCUCCCUGCUGUUGCAACUAGGCCCAGCGGCUGGUACCCUGGAGCCCCAACACUCUCCAUGCACACGCCCCAGAACAGGAGCUACACCAACGGCAGAGUGCCCUCCCAGAUCAGCCAAAGACUCAUAGAGAAGGGCAGUGCAAACAGCCUGGUGGAGUCGAUCCUGAUAUCGGAAGGCUUGGGCCUCUAUGCAAGAGACCCAAAGUUUGUGAACUUCGCCAAGCGGGAGAUCGCUGACGCAUGUAACAUGACCAUUGAUGAGAUGGAGAACGCAGCCACAGAUCUGCUGACCCGUUCUACUGGACAGCCAAUAGGACGCUUCGAGGAGGAGUUGGCAGAUGAGAUGAACUGUGUGAUUUCCUACUGAGAGAGAGGAAACAGAGAGGGAGGGGGAGGGAGGGAGAGUUGGAGGGCAAUGAGAUAGAGCCUUACCUCUUUGUCUCCAUCAACAUGGGGGGUAAGAAUGCUGUCGCAAGCUAUUGAUCUUAGAAAACGGUCUAUAUCUCUUUAAUCAUGCUAUUUUUCUUUUCCAGAUCUUCUCAGUUAAUUUGGCUUUGUUGAAAGCAUCAGUGUGUCUUGAACAAGAGUCUGAAAGAACCAUUGUGAAUUAGACAGCAUAUACAGUACAGAGCCAAACUAUUGAGGUGUGGCCUCAAUACUCUUUACACAUUAUUCUAAUGUACUAUAGCCUGCCGAACAUGAUUGCAAUUCGUAUUCUACUCUGAAGUAGUUUAUYGCUAUUUUCAAAAGCGGCAUUUUUGGAUUGUAUUUCCAUUUUUGGUACUGUUUAAGAAUUGCUGUCACUUAUACACCCAAAUCAUACAAUAACCCUGCUAGGGCCAUAAAAACAUAUUAAAAGCUGGCAUAAAUCAAAUAAAAAAAUAAGAAAUACAGUACCUGUCUAUAGUGCAAGUGAGCUCCAGUUGUAACCAUAGAUAAUGAAAAUGGGUUUAUGCYCAGUGAAGCAUUAGCAUAGCAUUAACAGUAGACUUUUGAACCAUAUCAAAUUAAAUCAACAGAAACCCCAAAGAAGAUUCUCAUGACAGUCAUGUUAAUGGUUCCUCUCUAGGUUUCUUCCUAGGUUCCUGCCUUUCUAGGGAGUUUUUCCUAGCCACUGUGC